AUGUUCUUCCAAUCCAUCCUCGCCUGGACAGCGGCGCUGGCUUCGCUGAGCGGAGCGUCCGCGAAGCUCGAUCUUUCGUCCUCGAACAAUGUGGCUGUCUACUGGGGCCAGAACUCGUAUCGGGGGUCGGGGAACUUGGCGCAGCAGAAUCUGUCCUAUUAUUGCGACGAUCCCAACAUCGAUGUUCUUAUCCUGGCGUUUGUGAUGCGGGUGAACGGGGCAGGCGGCGUGCCCGAGUAUGACUUCGCCGACACCAGCAAGGCUUGUCCGUUGUUCAACGGGACCAAUUUGCCCAAUUGUCCGCAGAUUGGCAACGACAUCACCACGUGCCAGCAGAAAGGCAAGACGGUGAUCCUCUCCAUCGGCGGGGCGACGUACAGCGAAGGCGGGUUUGCGUCCGACGCGGCGGCGCAGGCCGGCGCCGACUUGGUCUGGCAGACGUUCGGUCCGCCGCCAUCCAGUAACAAAACGCUUCGCCCCUUCGGCAACGCCUCCGUCGACGGCUUCGACUUCGACUUCGAGGCCACCGUCAACAAGAUGGCCCCCUUCGCCAACCGCCUGCGCGCCCUCGCCGACACCGACCCCUCCAAGCCGUACUUCCUGACCGCGGCGCCGCAGUGCCCCUACCCCGACCUCGCCGACCAGGAGAUCCUCAACGGCCCCGUCUCCAUCGAUGCGGUCUGGGUGCAGUUCUACAACAACCCCUGCGGCCUGACCUCCUUCCAGCCGGGCCAGUCCACCCAGUCCUCCUUCAACUUCGCCCAGUGGGACACCUGGGCCCGCACCGUCUCGCAGAACAAGAACGUCAAGGUCCUCGUCGGGGCGCCCGCCAACACCGGCGCCGCGGGGUCCGGGUACGUCUCCAGCUCGCAGCUGCAGCAGGUCAUCCAGUACACCAAGUCCUUCAAGUCGUUUGGCGGCGUCAUGCUGUGGGAUGUCACCCAGGCGUACGGCAAUCCCGGGUACUUGAGUGGGAUUCGCUCCGCGUUGACGCAGACGAUGUCGAGGAUUUAUCAUAAGUUUCGGUAUCCGGUGAGUGGGUUGUAG